CAGAUAGAUAUUCCACUCAUCAUAUAUACAUUUACACGCACAAACACACACGUUAGGGUAGUCUCUGUGUGUGUGUAUAGUUUUUCUUUUUUCAGUUUUGGGUUUUUGGGAGAUAAACAUGGAUAUGAUUGAUCUGUCCUCUCUCUUUCUACUCACCUGGCUUUCAUUUUAUCUUUUUGUUGCACUACAAUCAUGCAUAUAAACCAGACAAGCAGCACUGUCCCCACUCUCUCGCCCUGCAUGGUUUCACACUUCUUGCUCCAGCUGUAUCUUUUGGCUCCCGCUAUAUAGAACUAUAUACCCUUCACAGCCCACCUCAAUCUUUGGGGAACUCUAAAAAUGGAGAAGCAUACCAUAAUUCCCACAUCUUUAGUGGUUAGAGUUGUGUUGUUUUUGGCCCUCUGCCAGUUGUCGCUGGCGGAGAAGAGAACAUACAUUGUUCACAUGGCGAAAUCCGAGAUGCCGGCGGUGUUCCAAGACCACACUCAUUGGUAUGACUCUUCACUUAAAUCGGUGUCUGAUUCGGCCGAGAUGCUGUAUACUUACAACAACGUGAUUCAUGGGUUCUCUACCCGACUCACGCCUGAGGAAGCUCAGGCGAUGGAGACCCGGCCAGGGAUUCUCUCCGUUUUGCCGGAGUUGAGGUACGAGCUCCACACGACUCGGACCCCUUCGUUUUUGGGUCUGGACCAGAACGCGGCGAUGUUCCCGGAAUCUGACUCGGUGAGUGAAGUAAUUGUCGGAGUUUUGGAUACCGGGGUGUGGCCCGAAAGCCCCAGCUUCGAUGAUACGGGGUUCGGGCCUGUGCCCAGUUCCUGGAAAGGUGAAUGUGAGAUUGGCACGAAUUUCACUAAAUCCAACUGUAAUAGGAAGUUGGUUGGAGCUAGGUACUUUGCGAGAGGUUAUGAAGCGACUCUCGGCCCGAUUGACGAGAGCAAGGAAUCAAGAUCUCCGCGAGACGACGAUGGUCAUGGUACACAUACUUCAUCCACAGCCGCUGGUUCUGUUGUUUCCGGCGCUAGCUUGUUCGGUUAUGCGGCGGGAACAGCGCGUGGAAUGGCCCCGCGCUCUAGGGUUGCUGUGUACAAGGUUUGCUGGAUUGGUGGGUGUUUCAGCUCUGACAUUUUGGCCGCCAUGGAUAAGGCCAUCGACGACAACGCUAAUGUACUGUCCUUGUCACUGGGAGGCGGUAUGUCGGAUUACUACAGGGACAGCGUUGCGAUUGGAGCUUUUGCUGCCAUGGAGAAGGGGAUAUUGGUCUCUUGUUCGGCCGGUAACGCGGGCCCUAGCGCGUACAGUUUGUCCAACGUUGCUCCGUGGAUAACCACCGUCGGAGCGGGGACCCUAGAUCGUGACUUCCCGGCAUACGUCAGCCUCGGAAACGGGAAAAAUUUCUCCGGCGUUUCGCUAUAUAGAGGCGAUUCAUUGCCUGGUAAAUUGCUUCCCUUUGUCUACGCUGGAAAUGUAAGCAAUGUUACUAAUGGUAAUCUUUGCAUGACGGGAACACUGAUUCCGGAAAAAGUUAAGGGUAAAAUUGUGUUGUGUGACCGUGGGGUAAAUCCCAGAGUUCAAAAAGGCUCCGUUGUCAAAGCCGCCGGAGGGAUAGGCAUGGUUUUGACCAACACCGCCGCCAACGGGGAGGAGCUGGUUGCGGACGCUCACUUGCUUCCUGCCACGGCGGUUGGCCAGUCAACCGGCGAGGCAAUCAAGCAAUAUUUGUUUUCGGAUUCCAAUCCAACGGCCACCGUUCUGUUUGAAGGGACGAAGGUGGGAAUCGAACCAUCACCGGUGGUCGCCGCGUUCAGUUCGCGGGGACCAAACUCUAUCACUGCCGAGAUACUGAAACCGGACCUGAUAGCUCCAGGAGUGAACAUCUUAGCCGGUUGGUCCGGGGCCGUGGGGCCCACUGGCUUGGCGGAGGACGAUCGGCGCGUCGCCUUCAACAUAAUCUCUGGUACAUCAAUGUCCUGUCCACACGUUAGCGGCUUGGCGGCUUUGCUUAAGGCGGCGCAUCCCGACUGGAGCCCAGCGGCUAUCCGCUCGGCUCUCAUGACCACGGCUUACACAGCUUACAAGAAUGGCAAAUUGAUACAGGACGUAUCAACUGGGAAGCCAUCCACACCGUUUGAUCACGGGGCAGGACACGUGGAUCCCGUAUCCGCCCUCAACCCAGGCCUGGUCUACGAUUUGGGCGUAGAAGAUUAUCUGAAUUUCCUGUGCGCAUUAAAUUACACCUCUGCACAAAUCAAAAGCCUCGCAAGAAGGGAUUUCAGCUGCGACACCCGCAAAACCUACAGCGUGAACGACCUGAACUACCCUUCGUUCGCCGUGCCCCUCCAAGCUCAAAUGGGUAGUACUGGCGGGAGUGGUAGUGGUACAGGAUCCACUGUGGUUAAACACACGAGAACACUCACCAACGUAGGACCACCUGGGACAUACAAGGUGUCUACUUCGUCAUCGAGUGAUUCAGUCAAGAUUUCAGUGGAUCCUGCGACUUUGACUUUCAGUCAAACGAACGAGAAGAAAUCGUAUACUGUGACGUUCACCGCACCGUCAAUGCCAUCGAAUACAAAUGAGUUUGCCAGAAUUGAGUGGUCCGACGGGAAGCACGUGGUGGGAAGUCCAGUGGCAAUUAGUUGGACAUAGAGGGCAAGUAUGGGGAGAAUAAAUAUGCAAUGUAACGGAGCUGGCACAAAGGGUGCUGAGCUUUGGUUGUUUUAGUUAUUUAUUUUGAAGUUGUGAUUAAGGUUAAAUUCUUGUCUGUUUGUUCGGGCAGCACAGCAAUUGGAAGCAGGUGGGGGAUUGUUUUAUGUCGGAAAGAUGGGGAAAUGUGAAAUAUUGGAGGGAGGAGAUGAAGAUGGUUUCUUGAUCAGUGUACAGUUGUUGUCACACUUGCCUAAUGUAAUGGGAUUCUCAAAUGAUCAGACAUGGUUUAAUUUCUUUGA